GUCUCGUGGGCAGAGGAACAACCAGGAACUCGGGCUCAGUCUCCACCCCGAAGUGGGGCGGGUCCGCCGGGGAUAAGACCCGCUGCCUGGCCGGGACAAGGGUGUGACCUCCGUGGCCACUGAGAACAACCGCCGCCUCUUCUCGGCAAGAGAGAAGACCUUCUGCUUGUGUGAUUGAACUUUGACCUUGACGCAGAUUCAUGGCCAUGGCGACCAAAGGAGGCACCGUCAAAGCUGCUUCAGGAUUCAAUGCCACCGAAGAUGCCCAGACCCUGAGGAAGGCCAUGAAAGGGCUCGGCACCGACGAAGAUGCCAUUAUCAACGUCCUCGCCUACCGCAGCACGGCCCAGCGCCAGGAAAUCAGGACGGCCUACAAAACCAGCAUCGGCAGGGACCUGAUAGAUGACUUGAAGUCAGAACUGAGUGGCAACUUCGAGCAGGUGAUUGUGGGGAUGAUGACGCCGACCGUGCUCUACGACGUGCAGGAGCUGCGAAGGGCCAUGAAGGGAGCUGGCACCGAUGAGGGCUGCCUGAUCGAGAUCCUGGCCUCCCGGACGCCCGAGGAGAUCCACCGCAUAAGCCAGACCUACCAGCAGCAAUACGGGCGGAGCCUUGAAGAUGACAUUCGCUCUGACACAUCUUUCAUGUUCCAAAGAGUGCUGGUGUCUCUGUCUGCUGGUGGCAGGGAUGAAGGAAAUCAUCUGGAUGAUGCUCUCAUGAGACAGGAUGCCCAGGACCUUUAUGAGGCUGGAGAGAAGAAAUGGGGGACAGAUGAGGUGAAAUUUCUAACUGUUCUCUGUUCCCGGAAUCGAAAUCAUCUGUUGCACGUGUUUGAUGAGUACAAAAGGAUAUCACAGAAGGAUAUUGAACAGAGUAUUAAAUCUGAAACAUCUGGUAGCUUUGAAGACGCCCUGCUGGCCAUAGUAAAGUGCAUGAGGAACAAAUCUGCAUAUUUUGCGGAAAGGCUUUAUAAAUCGAUGAAGGGCUUGGGCACUGAUGAUGACACCCUUAUCAGAGUAAUGGUUUCUCGGGCGGAAAUUGAUAUGUUGGACAUCCGCGCAAACUUUAAGAGGCUCUAUGGAAAGUCUCUAUACUCCUUCAUCAAGGGUGACACAUCUGGAGACUACAGGAAAGUGCUGCUUAUUCUUUGUGGUGGAGAUGAUUAAAAUGAAAUCCAGGAAAGAUAAGAGGAUUCCCAAAACUUUGAAUUUUUUUUAACUUCUUUUUUCUACACCGCUAUUAGCAUUAUCUCAGAAUGCUUAUUUCCAAAUUAAAACGCCUACAGAUGCCUCCUACAUGUACACUUUCUGUAUUAUUAUUCAUCUAUAAUUGCUCAUUAUGAUGUUUUAAAGCUGUACUUGGCAUUUCAAAGCUUAUAAAACCUAAGAGGAGAUUUAAAAUUAGAAAUAAUAAUGUACUCCAUGUUUUUAA